AUGGCUCGUCUGCCUUUAAUUGCACAAAGUGUGAGGCGACAAAGAAUUGGUAUUGCAUUGACAAUUUGGUUGGAAAUCUGUAGAAUCGCGAUUUGGUUCUUAUUUAGAAUGGGUGCCAGCCUUAGCCUACAUACUUAUAGACCAAGGAUUAGGUCCUAUACCGUAGAUUUUUAUGCACAACGGGAUUAUGUGAAGAGGCUUGUAUAUGCUAGUGACGAGACUUGUAUUGAACAAGUACGGAUGAAUAGAGCUGCCUUUUUUAAACUAUGUGAGAUGUUAGAAUCGAUAGGGGGAUUGAAGUCGUCAAGGUUCAUGCUUGUUGAUGAGCAAGUAGCAAUGUUUUUACAUAUCAUCUCCCAUCACCUAAAAAAUCGAGUUAUCAAGCAUCACUUUAGGAGGUCCGGGGAAACUGUAAGCAGAGCAUUUCAUAAUGUUUUAAAUGCUGUCAUACACUUACAAGAUGUCUUAUUUAAAAAGCCGGACCCAGUUACAGCUGAUUCUUCUGACACAAGGUGGAAAUGGUUUAAGAAUUGCUUAGGUGCUCUUGAUGGAACCCACAUCAAGAUUAGGGUGCCAACAGUUGAUAAACCUAGAUAUCGCACCCGAAAAGGUGACAUAGCAACAAAUAUGCUAGGUGUUUGUACACCUGAGAUGCAAUUUGUUUAUGUUCUUCCUGGUUGGGAAGGUUCAGUUGCCGAUGGACGGGUGCUUCGAGAUGCCAUUAGUAGAAGACAUGGACUAAAAGUUCCUCAUGGUACAGUGUAUAGUUAG